CUCUAUAUAAGAAGGCCCCAUUCAUCAUUCUCAGAUCAUACAAUCCCAAUCAAACCAUUCAAUUUUCAUUUCCCAAUCUAAACCUCACACACCCAAAUUAUUACAUCCCACAAAAAUGGUGUUGGGAGGCUUCUCUGCUAGUUUAGCAGACAUCUUGAUAAAAGGAGCCUUAUUCAUCCUAGUUCAAGCUCUAGUCUACCUCAUCCUCUCAAAUUCAUCCAACGUCUUCUCCACCCAGAUGAGAUCUUUCAGCUUCAAGCGAGCCCGAUCGGUCAGCAUACGUCGAAUGCUAGCCGCCCUUUCGGACUUACCGCCUGGAGGAGAACCAUCACCAUCAUCAUCAACGUCCUUGAAUCAACAGUCUACAUGCGAUGAUAGUCUCAAGAAUUAGAUGGUUUUAUUAAUAAUUCAUGGACUUUCAUUAGAGUUGGAAUUAUAGAAAUUUGUUAUUCUUUUAUAGAUCGAAUAUUUACGUAGUGAUUGGUUGAUAGAUGCACUCUCCAUUUCUAUUGUUUGGCAGUGCAUCGAUGUUUUGGUUUUUUCUUUUUUGUUGUUUGGAAGUUUGGAUUUUGUAAUUAAGGUGUGUUGGAUGUGUUAAUAUAUAUGUUUGGAAUUUAUUUGA